AUGUCGAUGAAGAAAAAUCAACAAGUUCCUGAAUUCAACGACAUGGAGUUCCCCGAAUUGGCGGUAACUCAAAAGGAGGCAAUGGCGACACGAAGAGCGGCAGGCAAAGGGAAAUGGCAUGCGGCUGAUCGCAGUUUGAGGCGUGAAGCGGCGGUGAGGGCGGUGAUCACCAAGACGGUCCAUCAAUCCGAAGUGGAUCAUCAACUCGGAAAACGUCGUCUGGCACGAUUGAUCUCCGAGUCGGGUGAUGGACUGGCCGUCGAGGUGCCAUAUUCGAUGAAUCGGAAAGCUCGUUGGGCGUCGGCUUUGGCUGAAAGUCUCCUCGCUUACGAACAACCUGAAGGAGCUGAGGUCACCGUUGUGGAGGCCAUUCAAACAAGAGCCAACGAUCUGGCCACUGCUGUGCAUCGUUUGAACGAGGAUGGCUCGGUGACGACAGCUAGAGCAAAUGGAUACACGGCAAAAACGGAGACGCUCAGAGGAAAUGCAAGCAAGAAAAGAAGAGAGGCAAAAAGAUCGGCGAGGAAUUCAAGGAACGAACCACCAGCUGAGCUGAACGCCGAAUCGGAAGAGGAACAAACGCCGGCACUCCGGAUUGAUUACACGAUUCAACGAACUCAUGUAAAUCCACGAGCUGCUAUGAAGAAGGCGCAGAAAAUAUACAAUCGAGAGCGAAUCAUUCGUCGUGCAGGUGCUUUCCGAGUGGAUCCCGAUGAUUUGGAGAAUGGAAGUGAAAUGGAAGCGAGUAUUCAUGAUGAUUCCGAUAUCUAUAAACCAUCAAGGGAUUUCAGAUUCUCCCUGGCCGAUUACAUGAGCACUCAAGUGAAUGGCAUUGAGAUGGUGAGACGGGCAAGUGUUGAAGCGACAACGAUCCUUGAUGCUGAACUGGAAGAUGCUCUCAGAGAUCAAGAUCAUCAGCUUUUGAAAAUCUCGUUGUCCGCUCAAAACAAUGACAUCGUUGACAUCUCAAAGAUCGCCCAGAUUGAAUCAUUCUUUGAGGCUUUCGACCUAUCAACAAUUGAAUGGAAAGAUUUCCAUUUCAUCAAUCAAAUUGAUUCAUUGCCUAAAGACUUCCCAACAAGAUGGUUGGAUGCGGAUCGAAGAAGAGUGAUGAUGGAUCUCACAAAGAUGAUCACAAAAGAUGAGCCAAUCGAGAAACCACUUUUGAUGGUUGUUCUCGAGAAGACACGCAGAAAUCACAUCAGGAUCAUCGUCAACUCCACCAUGACUCCAUCGAAAGCUUUUGAAAAGGACGCGCUCAAAGAUCUUCUCUCAGCUGAGGGAUCAAAGGGACUUUUGAGCGUUUUGCAAACGAUUGGAACUCAAGUUGGAGAGUGGAAGAAAGAUCUCGGAUUAAAGCCCUCCUCUCCAUCAUUCAUUUCUCGCCGUGUUCUUCACUCAACCUCAGCCAACAGUCGUCAUUUGUCCAAUGUGGCUCACACAAUCGAUCACUACAGUAUGGCCGAAUUGUUGAGGAAAGAAAAUGAGCUAGCCACCGACACUUUUGAGCGACUCUCAUCAGAUGAAUGGAGUGAGUGUGAUGACGAGGAAUUCGAGAGUGUCAAUCCCAUCAAACCAGUCACUGUGAAAUGUAAUUCUUGUGAGUGCUCGGAUCCGGCGGAACUCUUUGAGAUGGAUGACUCGUGGGAGUGUCGAGAGUGUCUCCGAGUUCAAAUUCUGAGUCAAAUUCGAUCCAAUCAACUUCCGCUACAAUUAUCGUUGGUUUGUGCUGCGGGUCAGUCUCCAUACGAUGUUCUGGCUUGUCUCUUGCCGCUUCCAUUGAUCAAUUUCUACACAAGAAUUGCCGCUACUGAGGUGUUGAAAGAUUCGGGUUCAGCCAUUGGCGAGCUCACUGAAUGUCCUGGAUGUGCCCAUUUGGCACAUAUCGAUCGACCAAAUGAAACCUCAUCGUGCGUUUGUUCAUCUUGCGGAGUGCUUUGGUGUGUCUCGUGUGGAUUCGAGCCACAUUGGCCAAUGGAUUGUGCACAACGAGCGGCCUGGGUUGAGAAAUUCGACAAGCAAUACUCUUGCGACACGAUGAAAGAUCAAAUCGACAAGUUUAUUCGUCGGAUCACCUGCGAGUGUGGAGUGGUUAUCGAGGUGGGAGAUCUGGUCACCCAAGCUGAGUGUGCUAUGUGUCGUCUCGAGUUCGAUCCCCGAACAAUGACCCUUCUGAAACCACAAUUCCAGUAUGAUUCAAAAGCACGAAAGGGAAAUUAUCAUGCGAAAUCGAUGCCCUUUUAUCACAAGAAAGUCGAGCUCAUCCAACCAACACAGCUCAUCUCAAAACAAUAUUCUGAGGUGGCCACUUGGGCUCGUGGUGAGCGUCUUUCCGAGGUCAAAGUGAACACUUUCGAGAAAAUGAUCCGAAAAUGGGACUCAAAAGAGGUCGAUCGUGCUAGAGAGGCUCGCAAAACUCUUCUUCACUUGCUUGAAAACGGUACCGCAUGGCUUUAUCUGAACAAAAAGGAGCAAGGUGUGAGGGUGGCAUUAAAUGCUCUACAGAAACAAUUCUCCGAAUUCACUCUCGAGGCUGAGCGUCUCCGUGUCCCUUGUGAUGAGCGUCUUCACGAAUUGGAGAUCUCCAUCGGGAACACAAUUGAUGCCUUCAAGGCGGCUCUUCAACCUCCAAAACACAACAAAGACGAC